GGAUGUUAGAGGCUCAGCAGCUGGAGAAGAUGUCCAUCGAGGUGUGUGUGAUCCCGGAGAACCAGCAGUGUGGAGAGGUAGCGGACAUCCAGAGAGCUGAACGGGCUCCUGGAGGCUCUUUGCUCGGAUGUCUGGAUGUCCAGGGGUCGCUGCUGGUCUGGGACCCGGCAGACAGAGAGGCUCCUCCGGCGACAGUAGAGGGAUCAUACCGGGACUUCUGCUGGGAGGAGGUGAGCGUCCACAGUCGAGGUGUCAGCAGCUUCGGACUGCUGGCUGUUGGAUCUCAGUGUGACCUCAAGCUGCUGGAGGUGGAAACAGAACGGCCGGCCUCCAUUACUCCGCUCUGUGUCUGUGAAUGUCCUGCAGACCGCCUGCUGCAGCCUAUCAGAGAGAAGGACCAAAGUGUGAGCGAGCUGCAGUCGGCGAGCGUGCUAUCGUUUUCGGCCGGCCGGUGCUGCGUGCUGCUGAACGGCGGCUGGCUGCUGCAGCUUCAGUGGCAGCAGACGGAGGAGGAGCUGCAGACGUUGACCUGCUGCAACAUCCAGCCGACCGACAGCGACACACACACAGCGGUCCAUCACUGUGUGUGCAGAGAAACACUGUUCACCCUCAGCUCCACUGGACUCAUAUCUGUGUGUAAUCUCACCGAUGGCGGUCUUCUUGCCACCGUCGACCUUCUUGCCUACCUGAGCUCUAACCUGAUGGAGGAGGAGUUCGUCUCCUCUUCGCCUUCCUUCUCCUCCUCUUCCUCCUUCUGUUUCCUCCAGGUGUCAGCUGAUCUCAGUACAGCUGUAGCCGUCACUCAGUCUCACGACGCCAUCGCCGUCGAUCUCAACCACUACUUCAGGAUUUAUCCAGACCACCUGCUGUGCGCUGCCCCUCCUGCUCGGCUCCCCCUCCGACCCCAGAACCCCAGAGAUGAGGACAGUCUGCCGAGCUCCAACUGCAGCCUCUCCGCCCUCGGAUCGAACUUCAGCACUGAUCGCUCCUGGGAAGCUCGUCUGGCUUCCAUGACCAGCCGAGCCCAGCAGCCUCUAUCUUCCUCCUCCUCUUCCUCCUCCUCCUCCUCCUCUUCCUCCUGGUCCUCCUCGCUCCCCCACCUGGAGUCCCGCCAGGCUCCAUCUUCGACCCAUAGCAGAGUCCCUAGCGGCGGUGCGACCGUCGCUCUCUCUGUCCCCGAAUCGUCCUCUCUGUCUCAGCUCACUGUCUCUGAGUUCUCCGCCCUGCUGACCUUCGUGUCACCCGGCAACAGACAGACCACAGUGGCCUUCUGGGAGAUGGAGUCCGGGAGUGUGAGCUACCACCAGGCGGAGGGCGAGGCGGCUCCGGUUCAGAGCUGCGGAGAGCAACAUCACACACUGCUGCUGAAGAAGUCCGGCGUGUUCCAGGUCUUGUUCUCCGUGUCCCAGCAGGAUUUGCUCAGCAGGUUGAUGUUGUUCGGCAGCGCAGCGACAGUAGACGCAGUGUGUCACCUGAACAGCUGGGGGCGCUGCUCCAUCCCCAUCCACGCUCUGCAGGCUGGUCUGAAGAACCGUCAGCUGGACACGGUGGAUUUUUACCUGAAGAGUAAAGAAAAUGUUCUUUACCCUUCGACAGCGUUCGGAUCAGCUGAUGAGCCAGCAGCCUCCACACUCAGCCUGACAGACAGUGUGCAGGAGUUGUGUCCUGCGUUGGAUCUGCUCUGUUCAGCCGUCAGAGACUCACACAGUGAAGCUCAGAGCCGACAGUUCUCUGAACAGCUGCUCAACAUCACCAUGAGCUUCGUUAACACGCAGAUCCGCUGCGUCCUGACAAACACACACCACAAGGACGCAGGCGUGCAGAGCUGUGUGGACAUUCUGGAUCGAUACGUUACUGAACUGAGGAGCUACAUGAAGAGAUUCCCCUGGCCUGCAGGGGGCGACACCUCCAGCACCGAGACUGCUGCUCCUGCUGAGAAGGAGGCCCAGGAGGACGAGUGGGAGCGGCUGUCCACAGAGGAAGUGGUCUGUCAGUCCAUCCUGACCAAUCAGAUUCCCAGAGCUCAGGCCGUCCUGAGGAGGCGGAGCCGGCCGGAGCAGCGUCUGUCUUCUCUGAGGACGGAGGGUCUGCGUCAGGUCUUCUCCUGCCUGCAGCAGCGAGACCUGCAGACCGCCAACAUGCUCCUUACCAACAUGGGUUUCAGUGUGAAGAAGCAGCUCCACAGUAUCUGCCUCUACACUGACGACAAGGAGCUCAGGGAGUUUGUGGUGGAGGAGCUGCUGAGGCGGAGUUACUUCCUGGAGGAGGAGAUGCAGAGUGUGGAGUUCAUCAGACAGAUGGAGAAGCUGGGCUCACUGCCGGCUUCCCGCUGCCCAGCAAACGCCUCGUCACAAAGGGUUGCUCACAUGGUCCGUAUGGAGGCGGGAGGUGAGGGCGUUUUGAAGGAGCUGGUGGGACAGAGGAGGUCUGAAGAGGAGAAAGGGCUCUGGAGGAAUCUGAGACUGGACUGGGUGAGGAACUGGAACCAGAGCAGCCAGACGUCCGUCCUCCUGUCCAGACUGCAGCACACAGAGUUGACUUCCUGUGACUUGGCAGUGUUGUGGCGUUACCUGACCGCCCUCCACGACCAGCACAGAGUGAUCGACUGGAUCCAGCACAGCGAAGCGUCUGGCGCCUCCCGGUGGCCGGAGUUAACCCCAGAGCUGGUCAAUAACAACACCGUCUGCAGCAGCUACAUGAAGGAGAACAUCCUGGACCUGCUGGCCAGGAGAGGUGUGUUCAUCCCAGAGGAGCUUGCAGACCUGGAGCAGCUGUUAUGGAGGCUAGCUCAGGGCGGAGGGGUCAUGGCUUCGACCCCGCCCGUCCCUCAGUACCGCUCUCCGCUCGGACUCGACCUCCACAGCCUCUUCAUCUCCUUCUGCCUGGAGCGCAGCCUGCAGUACCUGCUCUACGCCUACCUGGAGCACUACAGGUUAACACCCAGAAACUGCCCCCUGCUGGUCAAUCAGAGCCUGUCUGAGAGUCAGCCCUGGUUUGAGAUGCUGGUGAAGAUCCAGGAGAUCACCAGAGAUCUGUCAGAUCCAGGACUCGUCUUCCAGGCCAGUCUGACCAGCGCUCAGGUGCUGUUGCCAGGCAGCCAGGCGUCUCUGAGCAGUCUGCUGUUAGAGGGACACAGUCUGCUGGCUCUGGCUGCCAUCAUGUUCACCCCCGGAGGAAUCGACCAGGUGGUGCUUCAGGGUGAGCGGUCGGGCAGGUCGGAGAAGACGGUGGACCCUCAGCUCCUGAAGAUGGCGCUGGCUACGCACCCCAAACUGAAGGCUGCCCUGUUCCCGGCCGGGCCUCGAGGAAACAACCAACCCUCUGACAUCUCAGUCUACCACCUGCUGCAGUCGCUCAACCCUCUGGACCCAUCCAGGCUGUUUGGCUGGCAGGCAGCAAACACGCUGAACUCCACCGAAACGACAGAGCUGCCCCAUUUCUCCAGCCCUCACCUGGUCAACAAGUUCGCUCUGGUGGAGAACCUGGACUACCUGUACUACCUCCGUCAUGGCCGACCGUCCUUCGCCUACGCCACCUUCCUGGUCCAGCAGCUGAGCAGCUGCAGUGACGUCAGGCUGCUGCUGCAGCAGGCCUUGCAGCAGGUGUACAGGUUGGCUCUGCAGUGUUUUAACGUGGCGUCCGUGGCGUCGGCGGCCGCGUGCUUCUGCGAGCUGCUGGGAGUCUGCAGCCUCAAGCUGAGAGUCGACAUCAGAGCCAUGAACGUUAUCCUGCAGCACUGGAACCAACUAAACACACACAUCACUCCUGCACAGCAUCUACACACACUGGUGUCUAAAGGUGUAAAGUUGGUGGAGGCGGAGCUUAGAGCAUCAGAGGAGCUGAUUGGUUACCUGGAAGCUGCAGUGACAGACAGUCUGGAGCAGAAAGGCGUCGGGAGGUCGUCCUACGAGGCGUCUCAGGACUGGGCGUUACCUGUACAGUUCUGUCAGCUCCACUGUCUGAAUCUCAGCUCUGUCUAUCCGGCUCACUGCGCUGCUGACGGACAGUUCAUCCACUUCCUGUUGUUUGUGCAACUGCACAACUUCCCACCGCAGCAGGUGAGAUCAUUGGCUGCUGAGUUUGGCCCCGCCCUCCAGGCCCACCUGAGUCUGGCCUUCCAGGAGCUGCAGGUGUACAGUCAGAGGAAGGGCGAUGAUGCUGAGGAGCAGACCGGGUCCCUGAACACAGAGGAGCACCCGUGUCGCCCGGAGCACCCUAAGGAGCUUUUCCAGGUGCUCCUGCAGAGUCAGGAGGAGGCGGCGGCCAGUACGUACCUGCUGCAGGAAGCGCUGGUGCAACGCUGCCCGACGCUGGCUGUACUGGCUGCCUGUCAACAGGUGCCAGAGCUCCUGCCCUGCCUGUGCGUAUGGGUGCUCACCUCGGUCGAUGACGUCACAGCGAAGGAAGCCACCUCUCACCUGCCCGAAGCCCCCCAGUACCAUGAGUGGACCCUGCAUGACCUGUCAAUCAUCUGGAGGACGCUGCUGGAGCGGGGCCACGUUAGACCCCUCCUACGAGGCUUUGAGCUCUUCCAGAGGGACUGCCCUCUAGUGUUGGUGUUGAGGAUGUUCGAGCUGUGUUGUGACUACAGGAACUUCUCCGAGGCCAAAGCCAAGCUGCUGGACUUCCAGAGGAUGCUCAUCACUCUGAGAAACAGUGGCCCAGCCCCCUCCGGUGGUCUCCCCCUGCAAUGGGUGGAAAGCCAAGCCUCGGUGCUGCUCCUCACGAUGCUGCAGCGAUGCUCCUCCCAGUACGACCUCCACCGGCUGCUGCAGCUCCUGGCCGACGUCGACAAGCACCUCAAAUCCAACGGUCCAGACUUCAGAAAGCUGAGUCAGCUCAGUCAGGUGCUGCAGGGGUCAGAGGUCAGCAUUUCUCCCAGGCUGCUGCAGUGCACUUCUGCCUCCGUCCAGCAGGAGGAGUUUCAGGCCGCCGUUGAUGCUCUGCAGGCCAGGGGGCUCUACAGCAAAGCCAGGCAGGUCGCACAGCUGGCCGGCCUUCCCAUCCACCGCCUGCUGCUCAGCCAGCUUCUCCAGGAAGUGAACUCCCAGAGGGCCAAGCGGCAGUGGGGGAGAUUAGAGACGCGCGUCAGUUUCUGGAGGAAGUGUCACGAGCAGCUGAAGGCCGACGGCACCGACCCAGAAUCGGCCUCCCAGUUCUUCCUGUCUCAGGCUGAAUCCGGCUCGACUCAGGCCGAGACAGAGCGGCUAGACGUCCAGGAGCGCUGCCUCCUGCUGGGCCUCGCCGCUCACUGGCUCUCCCUGCACAGCCCGGCUCCCGUGGACAAAGUGGAGAGCCUGGAGAAGAAGCUGUGGAUGAGCCGGGUCCGACAGCACAUCCUCACCGUCGCCAUGGAGAAGGAGAGCGUUUUUAACCUGCCGCCUCCGGCCGUCACGCCUGAAAUGAACACGUACGAAGUGUUCAUGAAGGAGUUCUCUUUCUCGAACAUAUCAGACCUGAACACUGAGACGUGCCUCGGUCUGGAGGGGCUGCCGGGUCCGACGGAGCAGCGACAGGAAGAGCAGAACAUCACCGGUCCAGAGGAGAGGAAGGUUCUGGCUAAGCUGAUCGGUCAGUUAUUAGACGAGGGGAGUAUCCAUGAAGCCAGCCGGGUCUGUCGUUACUUCUCCCUGUAUCACCCGGACAUGUGGGUGGUGCUGCGCUGCCGAGGUCUGGCGUCUGGAGAACUGGACCCCGAACCACAAGACGAGGCGACAGAAGCUCCGGAAAGGAAGCUCCUCACCACCUCUACCUCGUUCAGCAGCCUGUCGUCGUUCGUGAUGCUUCCUCUUGAAGACGACGUCGCCAUCCAGCUCCAGAAACUGGUGGAUCAGUGUCGCCACGGCAACAACUACUGCAAACAAGUCCUCAGCCUCUACCAGCUCUCCAAGGAGCUGCAGUGUUCCUUCAGUCAGAUCUGUAAGGAGGAACCUGGCUCUGUGUUGGAGAAGCUGCUGCUGUCUGACCAGUCGGAGCGUUUCAGGAAGGCUCAGGCGUUUAUUAAAGCUCAGAGCUUCUGUGCAGACACCGUGGCUGAGCUGGUUUCCUCUGCUGUGGUUCAGGCGCUGCUGGCCUCCAACCAGGAGCUGCAGCCAGAGAAGCAGGUGUUCAGGCCGUCGGAGGGUUGGGACUCGCUGAUGCAGCUCAUCAAAUUGUGUGAUGACCCGAAUCUGGUGGGAGUGAAACUGCUGGAAAACCUCAACAGUGUCCCGCUGAGAGACCUGAACUGCAUUGUGGAGUUGCUGAUCGUGGCUCACGACUGUUUCAGUCUCACCUGUAACAUGGAGGGCAUCGUCAGGGUGCUGCAAGCCGCCCGUCACCUCAGCCACACCUACCUGGCUCCAGGAGAGCACUUCAGCCUGCUGGUGCGUCUGCUGACCGGUAUCAGCAGAUAUAAUGAGAUGACCUACAUCUUCGACCUGCUGCAUCAGAACCAUCGAUUUGAGAUGCUGCUGAGGAAGAAGGUGGACACGGACAGAGGACAGAGCUCCAGUCUGAAGACGGCUCUGCUGGACUACAUUAAGCGCUGCCUCCCUGCAGACAGCGAGAAGCACAACAUGGUGGCGCUGUGUUUCAGCAUGAGGAGGGAGAUCGGAGAAAACCACGAGAUCGCCGCCAGGACGCAGCUGAAGAUCAUCGAGUCUCAGGACUGGGUUGUGACUCCUGAGCUGAAGAGUUCGUUGGUGAAGGUGUUGGGUCUGCUGAAGGAUGCUGCAGAGAGCUUCUCCAAGGACUCGUGUGUGCGUCAGGCGAGCCGCUGUGUCCGGAUGGCUAAGCUCGUUGCUCUUCAGCUCCACUUCCUGAACCAGGGAUCAGACCUGCGUGUCAUCAACCUGCGACCUGCAGAGAUGCUGAAAGCCGUCAUGGCGCUGCCUCGAUGCUACCAGGUGUUUGUGGUGUCAGAGGCGUGCAGCUACAGUCCAGACUGGGUGGAGAUUUUGUACCAGAAGGUGAUCCUGAACGGAGACUUCGCUUAUCUGGAGGAGCUCAAACGUCACCGGCCGCUCACCUCAAGUCUGUUCGAGGACAUCUUCAAGAAGCUGGACGGCGCUCCCAGCAGCGUCACCCCCAACGUGAAGCGCCUGCUGACUCACUGUGACGACGUUUACAGCCGCUACAGACUCGCCUACCAGCAGAACCUGCACGACGUCACCAAGACGCUGCUGCAGGACGCCAAGACCUCCAGCUACCUGAACGACAAGCUGGCCAGCUGAUCGCCUGACUGACUCACUUCCCGGAUGACUCACUUCCUGACUGACUCACUUCCUGGAUGACUGGAGGGAACAACAGUCGAUGAUCAAUACCUGAAACACUGUGCAAUACUUUUCUCUUUUCUCACCGAUUUGCUUU